AAUCUUGACCGCCUGCCGCAAACAUAACUAACCGCCAACCACCAGCCAUCAUCAUCUUCCCCCAUCUUAGUUCUUCCGCCCAACCGCCACGCCCUCUGCCUGCUUCAGUUCUCUUGCUCAAAUCAGAUCUCCUCCCGCCUUCGCUUCUCUGCCCUCCCCACCCUCUUCCCUCUCUCCCCCCCCUAAGGCGCGUCACUACCUAGUACUCUAGUCCCGGGCAUUUGCAGUGCAAUCCUCGUGGCUCGUUCCCCGAACUGUCCCUUUGGGUAGUCUCCCACAGCGCGCCAGCUUCUCUUCUGCCUUAACUGCUAGGCUGAGGUCCCGAAGCUGAUAUUUAGACUCAUCACCGCUGCCUUAAAACUUAGCCGCCCACCGCUCAUCGUGCGGUCACUCAUUCUAUCCGUGGGACGUUGAGACCUGUGCUCAAGGCUCGAACACGAUUAUCUAUAGCUCGCAGAAUGCCCGCUCUUAUCCCUCAAACCCCUCACAAGGAUGAUCUGGAUGAAACAUGGACGUUCCUAGAGAAGGGCAUCGACAGCGUGAUGCUCAAGUUGGAGGAAGGUGUGGACAUGAAAACUUACAUGGCCCUGUAUACCGCGGUCCACAACUUUUGCACGUCACAAAAGGCUAUCGGCAGUAGUCAAAACAUAAAAGCGCAUCAUGGCGGUCGGUCACAGCCAUAUAGAUUCUUGAGUCUCAGAAACCCACAGCUGACGCCAUCACCAGCACACCUGCUAGGAGAGGAACUGUACAAGUUGCUCGGGGAGUACCUCUCUCGUCACCUUGACGCGGUAUACAAGGAAUCCGAGGGCCAUGCGGAAGAAGCCCUGCUAGGAUUUUACAUCCGCGAGUGGCUCCGUUACACGACGGCGGCUAAGUACAUCAAUCAUCUUUUCCGGUAUUUGAACCGUCACUGGGUCAAGCGGGAAAUUGACGAAGGCAAGAAGAAUGUAUACGAUGUGUAUACCUUGCACUUGGUCAAGUGGAAGGAUGACUUUUUCAUGAAGGUCCAUGAGAAGGUCAUGGAAGCGGUGCUAAACUUGGUCGAGAAGCAGAGAAACGGCGAAACUAUCGAGCAGUCUCAGAUCAAGAGCAUUGUUGACUCCUUCGUCUCCCUUGGCUUGGACGAGAGCGAUUCCAGCAAAUCAACCCUGGAGGUCUAUCGGUACUACUUCGAGAAGCCCUUCAUUGACGCCACCAGGGUUUAUUAUGAGAAUGAAUCACGCCAGUUUGUCGCAGAGAACAGUGUUGUUGAGUACAUGAAGAAGGCGGAGGCUCGUCUGGACGAAGAAAAGGCCCGCGUGGGCUUGUAUCUGCACCCCGAUAUUUCUAAGCACCUCACUGACACAUGCCUGGAUGUGCUUGUUACCGCUCACUCAGAACUCUUGCGGGACGAGUUCCAGGUCUUGCUGGAUAAUGAACGCCAAGAGGAUCUGGCUCGGAUGUACCGACUCUUGUCUCGCAUCAAAGACGGCCUGGAUCCUCUCCGCACGAAGUUUGAGGCCCACGUCAGGAAAGCAGGCUUGGCUGCCGUGGAAAAGGUUGCCGCCGAUGGCGAAUCCUUUGAGCCCAAGCUUUACGUCGAUGCACUAUUGCAGGUGCACACCCGGUAUCAGAGUCUGGUAAGCGAAGCCUUCAACGGCGAGUCGGAGUUCGUCCGGUCUCUAGAUAAUGCUUGCCGUGAGUUUGUAAACCGCAAUAAGAUCUGCAAAUCUGGUUCGACGAAGACCCCAGAACUACUGGCCCGGUACACCGAUUCACUUCUCAAGAAGGGCUCUAAGGCAGCGGAGGAGUCUGAACUCGAAGAAAUGCUGGUGCAGAUCAUGACCGUCUUCAAGUACAUUGAAGACAAGGAUGUAUUCCAGAAGUUCUACUCCAAGAUGCUGGCUAAACGUCUCGUUCACGUCAGCUCGGUCUCUGACGAUGCGGAGACCAGUAUGAUUAGCAAGCUUAAGGAGGCGUGUGGAUUCGAAUACACCAACAAGCUGCAGCGUAUGUUCCAAGAUAUCCAGAUCUCAAAGGAUCUCAACGCCAGCUACAGAGACUGGCAGGAGAAGAUCCUCGACGAUGACGAUCGGAGGAAACUGGUAGAUUCACACUUCCAGAUCCUGGGAACUGGGUUCUGGCCCCUUAGUGCGCCUUCGACUGACUUCCUCGCGCCACCGGAAAUCGUCAAGACUGCUGAGCGGUUCCAGAGUUUCUACUUUGACAAGCACAACGGCCGUAAGUUGACAUGGCUCUGGCAGCUAUGCAAAGGUGAAAUCAAAACCAACUAUAUCAAGAACACCAAGGUUCCAUACACGUUCCAGGUGUCAACCUUCCAGAUGGGUAUUCUCUUGCUGUUCAACGAGCAUGACACUCUGUCCUACGAGGACAUUCAGAAGGCCACAUCCCUUGCUCCCGAGAUCCUUGACCCGAACCUCAGCAUCUUCCUGAAAGCCAAGGUGCUCACUAUAAACCCUGAGGGAUCGAAGCCAGAACCUGGUACAUCCUUCUCACUGAACUACAACUUCAAGAACAAGAAGAUCAAAGUCAACCUUAACAUCCAGAUCAAGUCUGAGCAGAAGGUAGAGUCCGAUGAUACGCACAAGACGAUUGAGGAGGAUCGGAAGCUGCUGCUUCAGUCCGCCAUUGUCCGUAUCAUGAAAUCUCGCAAGAAGAUGAAGCACGUGCAGCUUGUCCAAGAAGUGAUCCAACAAGUCAAGUCACGUUUCCCUCCCAAGGUUCCCGACAUCAAGAAGAACAUCGAAGCACUUAUGGAGAAGGAUUACAUAGAGCGGCUGGACGGUGAUGAGAUCGCCUACAUCGCAUGAUCCCCCAUACAACCCAGUUUCUCCAUUUCCUCCCCCCCAUCCUUCUCUUUCUCUGGCGGUUCCCUCCUCAUCAUGGAUCAACAUCACACCACAUCAACCAUCAUCUCAAAUGUCCUGUUAGCGCGGUAGCUUCCUUAUUCUUAUACUAGUCUUCUUUCAUCUUGACUCAUAUUGUCCCAAUGGCACAUCAAGGAGCGGCGGAUGGGAAACGUCGUGUUUUUCUUUUCUUUCACAGCGCUGCUACGACAAAUGAUAACCCAGACAUACAAUUAGACUGGAUCCCACUUCCCACUUUUCUUUUCCAAGUCUAAAAUCAUCUAGAUUGCAAUCGAAACCGAGCUGGGCAGC